GAGAAUGAUCUACUAAUUUCUGACAUCUCAAGCAACCGAUACGAUGCAUUAAUUAAAAAGUACUCCGAAGGAAACAACAAGCACCAGCGUCCCCCUUGACUACAAAGAGAACACACGACCAAGGAAAUAAUAUAAUUAUAGAUCGAAGACCAAAGUUCAAAAGCGAUAGCUACUGUAAGCUACUUGUGGACAUACAUGGCAACCUACCGCGUCUGAUAGGCUGAUCUACUAGAGUUGGAUCAAAAGAUAUACAGUCGAAAAGUGUACAGGACUAGAGACCGCGUUGGGAUCCUGCGGUGGGUGAAUGUUAUAAACCAUGAAUCACAUGGGAUCCCCAAAGAGAGAAACAAAUGGGGUGGCCCGGUCCGACAGCAAGAUCAGCGCCAAGGCCCUGUACGAGCAGCGAAAGAAAUAUUCAAACUCCAACGUCAUCAUGCAGGAAACAUCACAGUAUCAUGUGGAGCACCUCUCCACCUUCAUGAUGGAUAAGACUGAGUCCAUUGCCACAGUGGAUGAUGCCAUUAAGAAGCUGAUACUGCUGGACUCUAAAGACAAGAUCUGGACCCAGGAAAUGCUACUGCAGGUCACCGACAAGGCUAUCCGGCUUCUGGAUUGUGACACACAGGAGGAGCUGGAGAACUUCCCUCUAUCCACGGUACAUAUGAGUCAGACGGUGCUGAACCAGACCCGCUACCCGUCCGUGCUGCUGCUGGUGUGCCAGGACCACGAGCAGCACCGGCCCGACAUCCACUUCUUUCACUGUGACGAGGUGGAGGCUGAAAUGGUCCACGCUGACAUUGACAGCGCCCUUGGUGACAACAAACACGGCAAAAAGAUGCGCCCACAGACCCUGAAAGUCAACCAGGAAAAGAUGAAACACCAUCGAGAAACCAUAUUACCGCCAUUGGCCCCCAAGGGCCCAGGGCCAGGAGUGAAGGGCAGGGUGCCUUCUAUGAGCAUGCAAGAUAUGAACAGGCAGGGGUCCAUGCAGCCGGACCAGCGCAUGGAGAAAGACGUGCAACUCCUCAACAGCGCCCUGGACGACAUCGAGUUUUUCGUGGCGCGGCUCCAGAAGGCCGCCGAAGCCUUCGCCCAGCUCAACCAGCGCAACAAGAGCAAGAAGAAUAAGAAGAAGGGCCCGGCAGAGGGCAUGCUGACCCUACGAGCCAAGCCCCCCACCGAGGCCGAGUUUGUUGACACACUACAGAAGCUGAAGCUGGCCUUCAAUCUGCUAGCCAAACUGAAGCACAUCCAGAAGCCCAGCGCCUCUGAGCUGGUCCACUUCCUGUUCGGCCCCAUGGAGCUGGUGCUGAAGAGCUGUGGGGGACCCGAGUUGGCUCGCUCUGUCCACUCGCCCCACCUCUGUCGGGAUGCUGUGGACUUCUUGAGAGGGACCCUCUCCCCCAAAGAAAUGGCCCUCUUUGAGCUUCUGGGAAAAAGCUGGACCAUACCCAGAGCCGAUUGGCCGAGGGACCAGUUUGCCCCUCCCUACUUUCCAAAGUUCCGCAACGGCUGGGAGCCCCCGGCUGAGCUCAUCCGAACGUCGCCGUGGGAGACAGAGGGGUCUGCGUUACCGCUCUCCCCGGACUACAGGAAGACGUCCAACGAGUUUCCAUUACCGAAGCCCUAUAGCCCAUCAAACGGGACGUACGACGCACCUUCCCCUUCACGAAAAUACGCCAAGAUCCGCUAUCGCUUCCUGGCCCGCAACGCCAACGAGCUGUCGGUGCUGCAGGACGAGGUGUUAGAGGUGCUAGAGGACGACAAACAGUGGUGGAAACUGCGGAACCGCAGCGGGCAGGCGGGCUAUGUCCCCUUCAACAUCCUGGACGUGGUGAAAUUGGAGGAGCCCCAUGGCCCGCCAGAGCUCAGCUACAACCAGCCUGGCCAGCCAUACAGAGCAUCUAACCCCUCCAGCCCCAUCGGGCGAGGUGACAGCUUUGAAGGGUUGAGGUCUCCCCGGGACAAAGACUCACUGACACAUCAGAUGGAUGAGGUGAACGAUGAACUUUUGCAGAGGAUCACCACCAACAAAAGCCUGCCGCCGGCCCGCAACUUCCGGGUGGAGCGGCAGUCCUCGACCACCGUCCCUCUCAGCUUCGACUCCGCCCCUGAGCAGGUCACCGCCUGGCUCAACGCCAAGGGCUUCAGCAAACCAACGGUGGACUGCCUGGGCAUCCUGACCGGGGCUCAGCUCUUCUCUCUCAACAAGGAGGAGCUGAAGGCGGUGUGCGGCGACGAGGGCUCUCGCGUCUACAGCCAGAUCACGGUGCAGAAAGCCCAGCUCGAGAAGAGCCGUGGGGACUCGGAGCUUCAGGAGAUCAUGAAGAGACGUCAAGAAAAGGUUGAGUCUUCCUCCCAUAAGUGAGCGCGCUCACACCCUGUCAGCCAUGUCAGUUGCACCGGGCUAACAUCUCAUCAUAAUGAUAUCAGCAGCUCACUCAUUCAAUCCAUGGACAUCCGCUCCCCCCCCCCCCCCCCCAACACCAUAUGCCUUCAUUUAAUAUCAUCUUGUUCCUGUUUACCGCAACCCACCACAAGAUUCCGCAAACUCCUAAAAUAUUGAUAUAUUAUGUUUGUUAAUUGCAUAUUUAUUUUUUAAUUUUGUUUUUUACGGAAUGUAUAUGUCUCAUUUCAGUCCAUAGUCUUUCACUUCUAAGUCUGUUAUUCUAAAAUGUCUUUGUGGUUAACUGUGUGGAUGACACAAGACGUAAGAGCAAGUUGUUUCUAUGUGUAUUUCUGUUGAGUGCAUGCAUGGUUUCGUGCUUCAAAGUGCUUCAGUGGAAUAUCAUGGACAUUGGGAUGAAAUUACAUUUGAUUUUGUCUUUUUUUUGUACUGGUCUUCAAAGAUAAGCCUGUAAAUAUUGCUGAAUAUGUUUAUUAAGUGACUGACUUGACCAUAAACAUAAGAUGAUUGUUAUUCUGUAUAUUAAUGGAUUAAGUAAGAACAUUGUAAAUUAAGUAAGAAGUGUUAAAUGAGAAUACUAUCAGUGUAAUCGUAUUCCAAUCAUGUGUCUGUUUAUGGAAACCUGCAAUAUUUCAGUUCAGUUGACAUGUCAACAUCAAUAUCGAAAAUCAGUGCAAAUGGACAUGAAGCAAAACACAGAAAGCAAAAACAGCUGUUUUCUAAAAAGAAAUUCAGAUUUUACAUUUUUACAGUAAAUGUUUUUUUUUUUAUUGACAUGAGUACAUUUGGAAAACUAUUCAAGCGUUUUCUGUUUAAUGGAAUAGAUACACUCUAUUCCAUUUUAUGAUGUUUAGCUCAACAAAUGCCACUUUUUUUUACAUUCGCAUGGUUGUGCCAGGGUAUGAGAAUCUAACAUUUCACACAGCGGGGUCGGUUGUGCUUGCCUUGCUUUCUGCGAGCACAUUCAAGCUACGGCCCAUGGAAACCAUUGAUUUUAAUCCCUGCCCCCUGCCUCCUUAGAAUAACAAUAGAAUUGAGCAAGUUGGCUUGAGCAGAUCUUUCCAUUUCAUUUCACAUUUGCUGUCUGCUUUUUCUGUGUAAAAAAAAAUAGCAGGGUAUUCAGCCAUUUCAGUUUCAUCUGCCGAAGAUCACAAAGCAGAUGCCAUUCCUAAACACAACUAGAGACCACAAGUGGGGCAAGAUCUGAGGUAAAGGGCCAUCGGGAGGAAGUAAGCUAUGACAGUUCAGUGUACCUCUGUUCUUUCUAUGAUUCCAUGGAGCUGUCCAACCGAGGACACACUGCGAUGCGUCUGUGGUACAUGACAGAAAUAAAUGUUCUAAAGGGUUUAGGUCUGUUGUAAAGGUUCUAAUUCCUGAGAUUUCAUUGCAUGUCAAGACCAAGCAUCAUUUAAAGAUCCAUCAAAUCAAGUAAUACAUUUGUUUAUAUUGUUGUCAUGGAUGUAGUUUAAGAAAACCUAAUAAAUACAUACUGGGUUGA